CUGUUCUUUAUAAGUAGAGAGACAUACAUACAGAGACAGACAGCAGUACACAGCCAGCUGUGGUAAUGGUGAUGUCACUGCUGAGGAGUUUGCUGUUGUUCUACUUCUCAUUCAAUGAAUUGACCACAGCAGCAGAAGCCAUUCUCUGGGUGAAUACGGGGGAGAAGUUUACCAUGAAAUGCUCCACCACUCUAAAAGACCAGGAAGGAAUGUACCUGUAUGUUGGGCUGGACAGGGACAGGGAGGUGCUGUAUUACUACCAGCGUGACUCCAAGCUGACCCCCAGGAAACGCUACUGGGACAGAGUGAAGACUGAGGGACCUGUGGACCAACUGACCAUCACCAUCAGUAACCUGACCAUAGAGGACACAGGUGUCUACUGGUGUGUUUACACAAAAUUCAAUGAAGCCACAUAUGAAAAUGACAUCAACCAAGGAAGAGGCUCCACUCUGGUCGUGGUGAAUGGUAGAUACGAUGCCCUCCAGCUGCCAUGCUCCACAGCUACUGCAGUAACACUGACCCCCUUUCACCCAGUCAACGAGAAGCCAUGCCCAUCCGGCGUGGAAAGCAUCAUCAUCAUCAUCAUCAUCACCAGCAUCUUGACCACCCUGAUAUGUGCCGUCAUCUUCCUCGUCUGGGUCGCUCCACUGGUGAAGAGGUGCUGUAACCAGGGAGGAUACACAGCACAGGUCUUUCCUGACUCAGUCUAUGAAGACAUGGCCCGGAAUCACAUUUAUCCACCAGGCACACAGCAGGUAGAAUCGUACCCCUAUUCUGUGUCUACCAAAGGAGGAAGUAGGACCACUGUGUAGCUUCUUCAAAUGCUUUUUCUGAAUAUUGCUUCUUUACUUUCUCAGAAUUGACAAACCUGUUCUGCUGUUUUUCGCAGUUCUAGCCUCAAUGCAAGUCUUAUUGGUAAAUUGUUUGUAUGUGUGUGCGUCAUACCAUGCUUAUGUGUGUGAAUAAAAUCUCUAUAUGGAUAGUAUUCAUAUUUCAACAAAAGAGGGAACAUCCAGUGUUAUAUUCCAGUUCUAUUCAACUAUAUUCUUACGGGGGCCAGAUGUAAAAAAAAAGUUCAUUGCAGGGGGGCCGGACAUUUUCCACACACACCAGUAAAGCACUUUUCUUCUAAUGAAAUGUUGCUAAAAGUAGUUAGGGAAGAAGUGGAAAGUGCUCGAUCAACGUGAGUUGAGGUGCAACCAAACAAUGUGGUCCUCAGUGAAAAGAAACCGGCUCAAUGCUUGCUCCCCAUUUGAACUAUUGAAAGAGUCUUUAAAGUAAUUAGGUGAUUUGAAAAUCAUCUGACAACUAAAGCAUCUCAAUAAAUAACAGACAGCAACCAUAGUGCUUUUCAUUUCGGCACUGAACGUCGGAGUUUGGUGCCGAUCUUUUGUGAAUGUUCAGAAUUGAUCAGGGGGCCAGUCUAAAUUACUGAACGGUUCGGAACUGGCCCGCUGCCGCCAGUUGAAUAUCCUUGUUUUAGUCCAUAAGGUGCACAGUUGAUAGCGAUGGAGGCCUCCCUAUAACUUUUUUCAAUAGAUCAGGUAAUAAGAUUUAUAUUGCUGUUUUUUUUAGUGUUUUUAGGUCACUGGACCACUCAUCAAGCUGUUCCUGUGCAUGUUGUCUGCACACAAAGUCAAAAGAGCUUCAAUGUUAAAAUGAGAACAUUUUGUUAAGACUUUUAUUAUAUUUUAUCAUAGGUACAAAUAUUUUAGCUGCCUAAACUUUCAGGUACAUUAGGAUAUAAGCAAUUUGUAUAAUUACAUUUGAUUAAUCUAUGGUUUUAGUUGAGAUAGCUAGUAGGUUAAACCAUAAUGGUCUGAGUACAUUGUUUUCAUGCUGGUACGGAGUAACGAGUGCGUCUUGUGGUUGGAAAAACUAUUUUUACCAAGUGACAUAGUAUUUGUUUUACACUACGAGUCACUGUUUUUUUAAACUUAUUUUUCAACUUCCUAACAGCUAUUUUCACUUUAAAUAGCUGUAAAUGUGUUUUGCAUUUUUUUUAAAGGAAGAAAAAUAUUCUCACCAUUUUACAUUUGAAUCAAAAUAUUGAUACAUCAUUGAUAGUCAUGUGAUAUUCCACUUGUGUAUGUCAUGUUUAUGUUGUAUUUGUGUAUGUGUUUCUGGCAUGCAUUGGUGAUGUAAAGCUACAUUGCUUACAGUAUCAAUCGAGGAAAAGUUCAGACAGGAAACCAGAGUAUUUGUAUCUGCUGAUAUUGAACCAAUUAGAUUCACUCUACCGUAAUAUGGCGGUCUAUUUAGUUAACCAGGUAAUGCACAUCAUUUCAUGAUGUCUGCUGCACGCAAGCUAUGCACUGGUGUUCUUGGUGACAUGCUAUGCUGUAACAUGCGGUACUCACCCUGCAUGUCUGCUUUCUGACCACCCACCCCAGACUCCACCUGUUUGGGCACUGCUUUUGUUUCAGUCAGGGAGAUUGGUAUAGCAUACUUGGCUCUCUGUUUGUUAUUAUGUUAUCAUUAUGCAUGCUCUGGCAGUGAGCUACCCCGAAGGAGCAGAGCCUAACGCCAAGAGUAAAGUAUUGACUGUAUUGUAGUCUUUUUCUAAUAA